CGUCGCAUGAUUACACUUAGUAUGUGUAUUUGACUGGUUGUAUGUGUUCUUAUCUUAUUGAUAAAACAGACCUAAUUCUUGUACUUCUGGAAGUUUACAUAAUUAUAUAGAUAUCAUGGCGUCACCCCCCAAUCGCCUCAUUCUUCAUAUUGGAUGGUUAACUGGGUGUCUCUUGGUGUUGUGUACUUCUGCUGAAAUAAAUAUCAGUACCGACGAGUUAGCCGCAUGGAAAGCCGAAAUUGAACACCAAAUUUCAAGCCUUCAAAAAGAAAACAUGGAGAUUAGAGAGACCAAUAAAAUCCUCUCCACCAAAGUAGGACGUCUAGAAGAUAAAGUGAUAGAGAUGGAAGCAGACAGAAAUAAGAUGUCGGAGAUUAUUGAAUGUCAGAACGAAGAGCUACGUAAUCUUCACAAAAAAGAUGACAAUCGAAAUGAAUUAAAGAAAGAAGGAGCUGAUCCUAUAUUGCUCGAACGAAGAACAGAUGGCGAUAGAAACGAGGGACGGAAAGUUCAGAGAAUAAUACAAGGAACCUCAGAACCAAGGCAGGAACCUGUCAUAUUUCACAGUUAUUUGUCCAGUAACAGUCCGCCAAACCUCAGCACUCAUCACGUCAUAACCUUUGAUGCAAUCCCAAUCAACAAAGGAAAUGGCUACCACCAUGACAACGGUAUAUUCGAAGCACCUCGGCCAGGAACGUACGUCUUCUUUUGGACCAUAUACACUCACCCAAGAGGAUAUAUUCCGACAGAGUUAGUGGCAAAUGGCAACGUCAUCAGUUCGGGGGUCACUGACAGUCACGCGGAUGAUGGAUUACAGAGCGCCACGGGUGUAGCUAUAGCAGACUUGGUAGCUGGAGACCACGUGUAUGUCAGAAUCCGACACACAGCAAUCAACUACAUAUUCAGUAUUGCAGAAGGAAGAUCGACAUUUUCUGGAUGGCUUUUACAUUAAAAGAUGGAACAUUUUC